UCUUGGUCCCGAUGGUCUCCGUCGUCUGACUGUGACUUCGUUCAAACGCAACGGAACUCUGUUGUCUAGUACACGUUGCUCAACUCUGUGGUCUCCAGCCGCACUGAAGUUCGUGGGAUUUGUGCCGAAACCUUAUCAAUUUCGACAGAGGCCACAGCGAAAAUGUUACUGUUGUUUUGCUUCAGCUUGUUUGUCGCCGGAUUAUCAGCUGAUGAACAUGGAGACAAUACAGUAUCGUUUACCUCUGAUACAUUCGUCGAAUCUGUACCCAAGAAGCCGCAUUUUGUCAUGUUUUUUGCUCCCUGGUGUGGUCAUUGUAAACGAUUAAGUCCAACAUGGGAUGAUCUUGGAAAGAAAUACAAUGAAGCAGAUCCACAGGAAGUUAUUAUUGGUAAAGUAGACUGUACUCAGCACACCACACUCUGCUCAUCACAGGAUGUUACAGGCUACCCAACAUUGAAGAUGUUUAGCAAAGGCAUAGAUGGAGGAGUAAAGUAUAGGGGCCCCAGAGAUCUGGCAUCUUUGGAAAGAUUCUUAUCUGAGCAACUUGGAACAGAAUUACAGGAUGAUGACAAAAUAGAUGUACCAGAAGCAGUGACUGGUCUUGUAGAACAUACAGAUUCUAGUUUUAAAGCUACUGUUUCCAGUGGCAAACAUUUUGUCAAGUUUUAUGCUCCGUGGUGUGGUCAUUGUCAGAGACUUGCUCCAGCCUGGGAGUCUUUGGCAAAAUCUCUUGAGCAUGAUAAAUCUGUUUCAAUUGGGAAGUUGGAUUGUACGAAGUACAGAGAUAUUUGUACUGAAUAUGAAGUGAAAGGUUAUCCAACUCUGCUCUGGAUUGAGGAUGGCAAAAGAAAAGAAAAGUAUGUGGGCGACCGAAGUCUUGAGGAUAUGAAGAAUUUUGUAGUUGGACAACUUGGUGAUGAAGCAAACGUUCAGAAGGAGGCAGAAGAUGAGCCACAGCCUCCUGUUCUAGUCCUUACUUCAGAAAACUUUGAGAAUGCCAUUAGCCAAGCGUACACACUAGUAAAAUUCUUUGCCCCAUGGUGUGGUCACUGUAAACGAAUGGCACCAACAUACGAAGAAUUGGGUCGAAAGUUUGUGGGGCAUAGUUUUGUCAAGAUUGCUAAAGUCGACUGUACCCAAGAAGUUAACAGAGGACUGUGCAGUGAACAAAACGUUAAUGGAUUCCCAACCCUCUAUUUCUACAAAGGGGGUGAAAAGCUGGCUGAAUAUAAUGGUGAUAGAUCACUAAAUGAUAUGUCUAACUUCAUUAGCAAUCAUUUAGAGCACGAUGAGCUUUAGGUUUUAUAUUUUAUGUAAAACUUCAACAUGUAAGAACUGUAUGUGAAUGGAUGAUGUUUGAUAUGUAGAGACCAUCUGUAUGGAUAAUGAACAUAACAAAGGGGGAAGAGUACAACAAGAUUUGAUAAACAUUAUGAUUAGUAGCUCAUUUGAAAUUGGGCACAAAACCUUUAUUCAACCAAUAUUGUAAUGGGUUCUGUUCUAGGGUGAAUCGUUUUAUAUUGGUUGUAAGCAGUUGGCUCUAAAGUAUAUACUUUUUUGUGUUUUGUAAUCAUUUCAUCCAUAUCACAUUUCCCAUAUGAAAUGGGUCAUACCACUUUUGUUAGAAAGUUGUUGUUUGCUUCACUGAUUGGUAAUAAGUUUUCCUGCUCCUAAUUGUGUAGUGGUAGUUUAAUAUAGUUAUGUGUGUGUGACUUACACAAUAUCUGCACAGUCAUGUUUAAAAAAUUGUCUAGCCACGAUUAUAGAUUAGAUAUACGUAUACUAAAGCAAGAAAUUUAAUUUUUUUUCUUCUUUUUUCCAAAGGUUCUUUAUCCAUGUGAGUGUUAGCAUUUUUAUUAGUCUGCAAUAAUUUUACUUUCUCCUCUGUUAAUAUGAAUAAAUUUGAGUAAAAAUAUAUACUUGUGCAGGGAAAGUGUAAUGGACUAUUUCAUAUUCUUUUAAUGUUUCCUAAAACUUUAGAGUUCAGUGAUAUUGAAAUACUGUGAGCUGUGUAAUUGCUGUACUGAUUAAUCUUGGAGUUUAUAUAAGUUAAAUUAUUAAGCAGUUUAAUCUUUUUGUUUUGUUUAUUUUUAAUAGAUGUGAAUUGUAGUGUAUUUCUUUGCUGUUGUAAAAGUAUAGUAGUUUACAAAAAAAAAUGUAUGAUAAAAUCUUGACCCUUACAAGAUGGGUUAAACAUAUGUUAAGCACACCCCUAGAUCUGGCCAAGUUUAGGUUUGGCCAAUUAAAAAAUAAAUCAAUAAGAGGAAGAUAUGCAUAUGCACAUGGUAUAAGAACAAAUUUACAAAUUUUUCUGUACCUUCCACAGGAAGUUGAAAGAUAAUAUUUCCAACCCUGUGUGGGGCCUCCUUUUCCAAAAGACAGUCAUAUAAAAUAUGCUAAUUUUAUUAAGUUAUAUGUUUUUUUCAAAUUUUUUUAUUUUGUGUAAAAUUAUAAUUAAGCUCACACAAUAUCAUAACAGAUAAGAACUAAAAUCAAUAACAAAGUCAGGGUAUAUAUAUAUGAUAAAAUAUUUAAGAGAUGUUCUGGGGUAGGGAGGUACAGUUCAUUCCCCCACGAAAUCUCAAGUUACACUGAUCUCCCUGUAUCCAGUACCGACUCACUAUAGAGUUGCCAUAAGUCGGCUAUGCCGCAAAAUGUUGAUAGUAGGACGACAACACCAGGAAGUAACUCUCAAGCUAUAAAUAGAUGUCAGUUGAUGAUGCCAGCUCACAAAGGGUUAGAGAGAUUUUCCUUGUACUGUACUUAAGAGUACCCAUAUAUUCUAUACUCACGUAAAAACUUAGACUUUGAUAGUUCACAUUCCUUUGGUGUAACUUUUUAUAUUACUAAUAACCGAGUUUAAUUGCUCAAUCCAGAAAGUUUUCCCAUUUGAUAUUGAGAUGACUGUUGUAAAAGGAAUGUCAUAUUUUGGAAUGAAGACCUGGCACAAAGGUGUUGUGGUGGCUGUGUUUCAAGAGUGUGUUGUUAUAUACUCAAAAGAAUAUUUUAUAUUAAACUGUUUUACUAUGCUA